AUGGAUCCCUCGUCCGGGUCCGGGCCGCCCGUAGGGGAUCUGCAGGUUGGUCCAUCUCCAUCAAGAAGAACCGGUUCAUCGGCGGCGGUGCCGCUGAGUCGGUACGAGUCGCAGAAGCGGCGUGACUGGAACACUUUCUUGCAAUACCUUAAGAACCACAAGCCAGUACCGUUGAACCUAGCUCGAUGCAGCGGCGCGCAUGUGAUCGAGUUCAUGAAAUACCUUGACCAAUUCGGGAAGACUAGAGUCCACAUCCAGAGCUGCCCAUUUUUCGGGGACCAAAACCCGCCGGCUCCAUGUGGGUGUCAGCUAAAACAGGCGUGGGGCAGUUUGGACGCGCUGGUGGGCCGGCUUCGCGCGGCUUACGAGGAGAACGAUGGUGGUGAACCGGAGUCAAACCCUUUUGGGACUAGAGCUGUGAGAAUCUAUCUGAGAGAGGUUAGAGAGUCUCAAGCUAAAGCAAGGGGAAUUCAUUAUCAGAAGAAGAAACGGAAAAGGACCAACAAAACUACUACUACUAGCGAUGGAAGUAGUAGUACUAGUAACAACAUUACAUUAUUAUAA